AUGUCUGCGUCAAGCACUACCGGCUGCGAGUCGCCCAUGGAAGACGACAACACGCGCCGAUUGCAAACUUUGCGCGAACGCCGCGAACAACUCACAAACGCUCUCAUCGAGCUUCCUUACGACUUGAUACUAUACCUCGAGCGCGCAAAAGUUCAUUCUGAUUUGGCCUACCCAGAACUUGCUGUUGGAGAUGCCUAUCGAGCUCUGCUGUUGACCGACGAGGUCCUCAACGAGAGCUUCGAGUAUCACGACCGAGCUGUCGAAGCCUUGGAGUCUCGUCCCCUCGACCCCUUGCCCCUGGUUCUCGAUCACGGCCACCUACUUGAUCUCCGAAGCGACUACAUCGAUGGCGACGCCAAGGACCAAGCAGGCCUGGUUUCCCACGUCGCCAGGCUGGCCGCCGUCCGCUGCUACCAGAUCCUCUCCCUCAGCUCUCUAUGCUGCUCCUGCUUGAAGCCAGCCUACGACUUCGCCGAGAAAGGCCUUGCUUUGGCUCCUGAAAACGAAGAGCUUCUCACUGCAAUGGAGCAGACAAAAUCAAUAGCUCGUCAGAGACUGCGAAAGGAGCAUAUCAACCCCAACGUUCUUCCCGAAUGGGGAAUGGUCCGGAGGGAAGUCUACCCCUGGAACGACCACGAGCCAGAUCGAUAUGGCCCCGAAACACUUCAUUACCUCAAUAAAGGGCUAUCCGAAGUUGCGCCCAAGUGCGAGGUCAGAGUCUCGAAGCUCCCCGUUCUGCAUGAUGAAUCAGACGGUACCGAUGACGAGGAGACCAACGAACAAUUGGGCCUCUUUGCCAAAGUCGACAUUGCGCCUGGGGACACCGUCCUUGAAGAAUAUUCGCUCUUGACGGCGAAUAAUCGCCAUAAAGACCCGGUAUGCGAUGCAUGCAGCUCCGAGCUACCUCCUCUGGACGCGGACCCACCAGCGGUCAAGUGCGAAGAAUGCUACGAUACCGUGUUCUGUACGCAGUUCUGCCACGACAUGGCGCAAGAACACUACCACCCUGCAGUGUGCGAGACGACCUUGGACGAUAUCAACAAAGACCCGGAGGCUGGAGAAGCCGACGAAACCCUGUAUCUGCUGCUUCUAGUCCGGUCUCUGGCUCUGGCGGAACACCAAGGCGUCCAUCCUCUUGACCUUCCACAAGUCAAGUAUAUCUGGGGUGACUUCGUGCCAUCCCACUUCAACAACAUCGACAUAUCCCCACGACCUACGCCGCCGCCCGACUGGACGCUCCGGUUCUCCUUCAAGUACAACGUCGAGCAACCCUUGCAUAUUCUCGACAAGAUGGAUGUUGAUAUUUACGCCGAACUGGCGAGGUAUGACUUGUGGGUUUUCAACACCCUCUACAGCAAGUUCAGGGGUACCGCGUCGAGUCAUAAGAACCCCCGGACCGGUCGACCAGAGGUCGCGGCAGUGCAUCCAUUCUGGUGCAUAGCCAACCACGACUGCAACCCGAAUGUCACAUGGGACUGGGGAGGUCGGGUGAAGCUGCGAGCGAUAGAGGAGAAGAUUAUGGGCGACAAACCAGGAGUCGCGGCUGGGGAAGAGAUUCUGAACCAUUACAUCGACAUCAGGUUACCGGUGAAGGACCGACGUGGAUGGAUGAUGGGAUGUCUCGGAGGAGCUUGCAUGUGCUCUCGUUGCCAGACGGAGGCUGCUGCCGCUAAGAAGGCAUCUUGA